AUGAUGGUCCUGGUGGUGGUGCUCCUCCUUGUACUGCUGGGCCAGUCUGGCUGCAAGACCCAUUCUGUUACUUGCUCCGUGAGCAGUGAUUCCCUUCCCAUUUCUCAUGAAUUUUAUCAAUCAGGUGACUUUGUUAUCGGUCAGAUCGUUGCUCACAUUUUCUUGUUCCGUAGCUCUCCCCUGUUCCUGGAACAUCCCGAAGAGAAUUUGAAUACAGAACCUACGUCAGUGCCCAAACAUUACCAAUAUCUCUUGGCUUUGAUAUUUGCUGUAAAGGAGAUCAAUGAGAAUUCUGACAUCUUACCAAACGUUACCUUGGGUUUUCACAUCCUCAACAGCUAUUAUCUUACAAAGAUGACCUAUAAGGCUACCCUGAACCUGCUUUCCACACAACAGAAGUUUGUCCCCAAUUUCAAGUGUGAUUUCAAAAACAAUCUUGUGGCUGUUAUUGGAGGGCUUUGUUCUGAAACAUCUGUCAAUGUAGCCACUAUUUUAUCCCUCUACAACAUCCCACAGAAUGGAAUCUGUUAUUCCUUCAAGCUAAAAACACCCAAAAGAACUUACAGUGACCGCCUGCCAGAGUACCUGAUGCUUCAUCGUUUUCUGAGGAGCAUUUCUUUUAACAACACUGCUGGAGAAAUUAUGCAUUUCAAUGAAAAUGGAGAAUUAGUGGAAGGAUUUGAUGUUAUCAACUGGGUAACUUUCCCCAAUGGAUCUUUUGUUCGAGUAAAGGUGGGAAGACUGAAUCCACAGACUCCUCAAGGCCAAGACCUAACCAUUAACGAUGAUCAAAUUGUAUGGCACAGAAGUUUUAAAAAAGUACUGCCACUUUCUGUUUGCAAUGACAACUGCCAUCCUGGCUCCAGCAGGGAAAAGAAGGAAGGUGAAAAAUUUUGCUGCUAUGACUGCACUCCAUGUCCAGAAGGAAUGAUUUCUGAGCAGAAUGGUAAGAACAUUGACUUCUGUGUCAAAUGUCCAGAAGACCGCUACCCGAACAAAAACCACAAUCAAUGCAUUAUGAAAGUUAUUACCUAUCUCUCUUAUGAAGAACCAUUAGGAACCAUCUUAGCUAUACUGGCGAUUGGUUUCUCUCUGAUCACAGUUUUUGUGCUGGGAACGUUCAUGAAGUUCCAAGAGACUGCUAUAGUCAAAGCCAACAACAGGAGUCUCACCUACAUUCUCCUCAUUUCUCUCCUCCUUUGCUUCCUGUGCUCCUUGCUGUUCAUUGGGCAGCCUGUGAAGGUAACCUGCCUUCUCCGCCAGCUUAUGUUUGGCGUCAUAUUCUCACUAGCCCUUUCCAGUGUGUUGGCAAAAACGAUCACUGUGGUUUUGGCAUUCAUGGCUACCAGACCAGCAUCUAAAAUUAGGAAAUGGAUGGGACAAAGACUCGCAUAUCUGAUAGUAUUUUCUUGCUCCUUUAUUCAGAUAGGCAUCUGUACUCUUUGGCUAAAUACUUCUGCUCCAUUCCCAGAUCGAGAUAUGCACUCUCUGACUGGGGAGAUCAUACUGGAAUGUAAUGAGGGUUCAGCUGCUAUGUUUUAUUCUGUCUUGAUUUAUAUGGGCUUCAUGGCCUUUGUCAGCUGCACUGUGGCUUUUCUGGCCAGGAAGUUACCUGAUAGUUUCAAUGAAGCCAAAUUUAUCACUUUCAGCAUGUUGGUCUUUUGCAGUGUUUGGUUGACCUUUAUUCCAACUUACUGGAGCACCAGGGGGAAAUACACAGUAGCCGUGGAGAUCUUUUCCAUUUUAUCGUCUAGUGCUGGCUUACUGGGUUGUAUUUUUUUCCCUAAGUGCUACAUCAUUAUUCUGAGGCCUGAGCUGAACAACAGAGAGCAGUUAAUAAGUAGGAAAAGAAUAAAAUGA